GUGACACAUCCUCCUAUUUAUGCUAUGGAUAUGAGUCGGUCACAUCUAGGGGUUGGGGAAGCCCUUGAACGCAGGCAUUCCGACACAUCGGUAUCACACUCCCAUAUGGCUGUCUCUAGCAUGUCGAACAACGUGGAACUCCCGCACAAACACUUCGCCGUUAUCUUCCUUGACCAGGAUGGCAACCCUCAAGUCAUGGCGUCCCCCUCAAUUGCGGGCUGUGGGGGAGCUAUAUUCACACCGGACGUAAAAAACCGCUUCAUGGAGAUGACAUCCCCAAUUAGCCAAUCCCUGCAGUAUCCUAACCAGGCAUCACUUCCUCACUCGCCGUGGGGUAUGCAAUCAGACUUACAAUGGGGGUUACCCAGCCACACCGGAUCUCCUGAAAAAAUACCCUGUGAAUGGCAAUCACAGCAAAGCCGACGGAAACGACGAGACAUGAAACGGAUUGGCAUGGUCCGACCUCGACCCAAAUCUGCGACACCACCACCAACGCCCCCACCCGGACGAAGUGUACUCCGUGUCGACAAUGCGGAUCUUUUGCGACGGUACUAUGAGAAGGCAUUUGAGGACUUUCAACAAUUAAACUGCCGGGCUAUCGCCAAGUCGUACAUUAAACUCGUGGAACCUCGGAAACAGGUUCAUUUCCCAUACAAUGGACGGAAGGUCAUUGCAGGCGUAUCGCAGCGCGUUAACCCUGAACUCACUAAGCCUGGGUGGUGGCCCCAGGACGUACAGCACAAAGAGCCGGAUCACCUGUUGAAGCGAGACCGACUCAAGCUCCUGGUUCACAUUCUUUGUGAACUUAAAGACAGCCACGGAGUCACAGCAGAGAAGUUGCGAGAAGCAGGCCAGGACGUGCGACGCCAAAUCAGCCCAGCAAACCGCCUACAGGUUCUCGAUGAGAUUUAUUUCGUGCGACAGAUGGAAGAGCGAUACCUCGACGGGAAGAUCGAUGCAAGCACACUAGUCCAAGUGAUUCACACUCACCUCCCCGAAGCAAACUACCAAGCGACCGACCCCGCAGCUCGCGUUCACUCCGCCCCUAGCACAUCAUUCGACACAGAAGAUGAUGAGCAAGAUGACGAAGACCAGGGUCCUCUACUGGAGACCGCCGACCAGUACACCCUCCCAAGCCAUCAAGUCGUCCCAUUAUCUCCCGCAACCAGCUGCAGCGAGUCAAGUGGACCCCACAGCCCGACUACAGGGUACGGCGCCUACCCCAUCGGCAUGGCACCAAACAUGAUCCCGCAUGAAUCGCCAGUCAUCAAACAACAGAUGCCGGAUCCUCAUGCUCACCCUCAUCCCAUGUCUGGAUAUUAUGCACAGCCAUUUGCGCCUACAGAGAAGAACACGGCGUACUGGCCCAGUGUGCCUCACUCGAUGACACAAUAUGGAUAUUGA